GAAUGGCUACAUUUCCGAUUCCGACCGAGUGUGUAGCACGAAGUGCCCUCUUUUUCCGGUUUAUGGUGAUACUGUACGCACGGUAUAAUGAAAGCCAAAGGAGAAUUGAAGGAGUUUGAAGUGAUCGGUCGUAAAUUGCCGACCGAAAAGGAGAAAACCACACCUCUCUAUAAAAUGAGGAUAUUUGCGCCCGAUGCUAUUGUCGCAAAAUCCAGAUUUUGGUAUUUUCUGCGUCAACUCAAAAAAUUCAAAAAGUCUACUGGAGAAAUUGUAUCUCUUAAACAGAUUUCAGAGAAGACACCUAUCAAAAUUAAGAAUUUUGGAAUUUGGUUGAGAUACGAUUCAAGAUCUGGGACUCAUAAUAUGUACAGAGAAUACAGAGAUCUUUCUGUCAGUGGUGCUGUAACACAGUGUUAUAGAGAUAUGGGUGCCCGUCAUCGUGCUCGUGCACAUUCUAUCCAAAUCAUUAAAGUAGAAAUGGUAAAGGCAGCCAACUGCAGGAGACCGCAAGUGAAACAAUUUCACGACUCAAAAAUCAAAUUCCCGUUACCUAAACGUAUUCAACACAAGAAUCGUAUGCCACUCUUCAGUGUUAGAAAACCGCGUACCUACUUCCUUUAAAAAUAUUCAACCGAUUGUUUUACACACGAGCAUUAAAUAUGUGUUACUCUAAAGAAAAUAAGAGGACGUUUGGUCUAAUAA